GCCGAUGAUAAAUCUAAGAGACCUGUCGACUUUUCCGAUUUUAAAGAUAAAGUCGUUUUAAUAGUAAAUACUGCAUCAAAAUGUAGUUUUGCCCCUCAAUUUAGUGGUUUAGAAAAUUUGCAUCAAAAGUACAAAGACCAAGGUUUAAUAUUAUUGGGUUUUCCUUCUAAUCAAUUUGGUAAUCAAGAACCUGGUACUGAUGAAGAGGUCCAACAAGUUUGUCAAGUAAAUUUCGGUGUAACAUUUCCAUUAAUGUCGAAAAUUGAAGUUAAUGGUGAUAAUGCUCACGAAGUUUAUAAAUAUCUCAAAAAUCAAAAAGCUGGUAUCGCAGGUAUUAAACAAAUUAAAUGGAACUUUGAAAAAUUUAUCAUCAAUAAACAAGGAAAAGUCGUUCUUAGAUAUUCAUCAUUUACAAAAGUAAGUAUUAAAAAGUUCCUUGUUAAAGUUGUACAACGAUUGCUAACUGAUACUUUACAAAUACAGCCUGAAGAUUUGGAAAAAGAAAUCGUUGAAUUAUUAAAUGAAUAA